GGGAGGGGGGAGGGCUUUCAGCGGCGGACCGACUUCCGGCGGCUGAGCAGGAAGUUGCAAACUUAUUCCAUCCUUUGUGUGAAGAUGUGUUUCCUCAUUUGACUCCUGAAAGGAUGUCAACACUUUUUCCCUCGCUCUUUCCCCGAGUGACGGAGUCAUUGUGGUUUAAUCUGGAUCGACCAUGUGUGGAUGAAAAUGAACUUCAACAACAAGAGAACCAGCAUCAGGCUUGGCUGCAGAGUAUUGCUGAGAAGAACAGUACUUUGGUCCCAAUUGGAAAGCCUGCCUCUGAGCAGAACUAUGAUGAUGAGGAAGAAGAGGAUGAUGAAGAUGAUGAGGACAGCGAAGAGGACUCGGAGGAGGAUGAAGACAUGCAGGACAUGGAUGAAAUGAACGAUUAUAAUGAGUCACCCGAUGACGGAGAGAUAAAUGAGAUCGACAUGGAGGGUGCUGAACAGGAUCAGGACCAGUGGAUGAUCUAAUGGGCCCAUGACUCUCUUUAUGCUCAAAUCCAGGGAUGGUCUUCAAUUUUAUUCUCCAACAUUGAACUUAGCGUGGAAAAUGAUGAGUCUGACACCGAACCCGGCCCACUCCCUGAGAGCAUGCACACCAGCUUCCUCUGUGUGUACAGUGACUGAGACAUGAAUCAUAAUGGACGACAAACUCUCUUUUACACUGGAACAGGAGUUCAUUCAUUCAGCCUCUUGAGAAUGUUACACCAUUCAAUUAGAUCAUGCUGAUCUGCAUCUCAUCCACACGUCUUGGUUCCAUAACCCAAACACCCAGACCUACAUUCAUCUCCAUUUUGUGGUUGUCAAUUGACUCCACGACCUCAGCAACAUUUUCUUUGGCAGAAAGUUCCAGAUUUCCACUGCUCUCCUCCAGUGUUGGGAAAGUAGCAUUGUGUUUUUUGAGUCACUGUGCAGUGGGAUGUUCUGUCGUCUUAUUUGUAGAAUCGAGGGGAAUUUUGAAUCAAUGUUGAUGCCUCUGGAAUACGGUGAUGAGUUUCCUAUCUCGGCUCUGCAGUCAGGGAAGGGGCCAAGCAGAGAUUGUGUACACUUUGCAAGAUGUAGAAUUUAUAGGCCUCCUCGUAACCCCUCUUCAUCUCACCCUAUCAGCAUAUACUUCUAUUCCAUUUGCUCUCCUGAGCUUAUCUAGUUUCCCUUAAAUGCAUCUCUGUUAUUCUUCUUAACCACAUCCUGUCUUGGCGAGUUUCACAUUCUCAACUAGGGAAAAGAGUCAAACGACAGCCCUGAACAUGCCCUCACGUGCCAUGUAAUAGUAUUAUAUUUUCCACUUCUCCUGUACAAUUGGUUGGGAAGAUGUCUGCUGAACUAUGUAAUAAAAUGCUUUCUUUUAAGGUCCA